GUUCGCGUCUUGGAGCUGGAAUUUGGGGAGUGGAAAUACCACUCACUGUUACUUUCACAGUAGGCGUCAAGUCGAAUGAGAGUGACAUUCUACUCUGUCGGUCAGUCAGCGCGCUUCGGAAAAGGGGCGAACCUUUACCGAACAGAACGCAGUCAAGAGGAUUAGGAAUUGGGUAGCCCGCUCGCACUCUCAGUACGCAGGUGUUUGUAGCUAACUCAUGCCUUGGUUGAUUUUAGACGGGAUAGUGAGUGUAUGAGAUAUUACUGAAUUCUGGAACUUUUUCGUUACAUUUUUUAUGUAAAAAUAUCAGUUUUCGAUUGAUACCUGUCGGGGCACUUUAGGUGACUGGGUUUUCUGAAUUGUUUUCUACGUUUGGAUUAUUAUAAUUUUCCUUGGAAAUGGCACAUUCUUAUUCUGGGAGAGAUACACGACUUUCAGAGAGAGGAAACCGUAGUUGAAUAAUAACACAGGAUGCUGCUUGCGACCUGAAGCAAAAUUUAGACAUUUCUGAGACGUUUGUUAUUUUGCUUUGCGCACUAUAAGAAGGUGGACAUAUCAAGCAUUUCUUUCUUUUUUUUUUACACGUGUGUAUUUUACAGCACAAUGAUGUAUUGUGGAUUUAUACUUUUCUUUUCAACCGAACUCCUCUUUGUGGCUUCAUUGACUCAAAGUUAUAAAUGUGGAGAUAACAUUGAGAUAACCAGUGCAGAUUAUCUCACCUCUCCUGGCUAUCCGACCUCAUACCCUCCAUCACAACAAUGUAUGUGGGUGAUAUCGGCCCCAGACCCAGGACAGAAGAUACUCAUCAACUUUAACCCUCAUUUUGAUCUGGAGGACAGAGACUGCAAGUAUGACUAUGUGGAGGUGUUUAACGGUGGGGAUGAGCAGGCUCCGACCCUGGGGAAGUUCUGUGGGAAGAUAGCCCCCUCCCCCAUCAUCUCCAGCGGCAGCCAGCUCCUAAUCAAGUUUGUGUCCGACUACGAGUCACCCGGGGCUGGAUUCUCAGUGCGCUACGAGGUCUUCAAGACAGGACCUGAGUGUUCCAGAAACUUCACCUCGUCUAAGGGCGUUAUAAAGACGCCAGGCUUCCCUGACAAGUACCCCAACAACCUGGACUGUACCUUCAUGAUCAUCGCCCCCAAAAUGUCAGAGAUCGUGGUGGACUUUGACACGUUCGACAUGGAGCCUGACACCACCCCUCCACCCGGGGCACUGUGUCGCUACGACUGGCUGGAGAUCUGGGACGGGUUCCCUGCAGUGGGACCCCACAUCGGGCGGUACUGUGGUAACAGCAGUCCUGGCCGAGUCAUCUCCUACACAGGGAUCCUUUCUAUGACCAUCAACACAGACAACGCCAUCGCCAGAGAGGGCUUCUCAGGCAACUACACCGUCAGAGAGAGGAGCCUACGACAGGGACCAGAGGACUUUACCUGUCUGGAGGGCUUGGGGAUGGAGUCAGGAGAGAUCACCUCAGAUCAGAUCACUGCCUCCUCUCAGUACAACCCCAACUGGUCCCCAGAACGCUCCAGACUCAACUACAAAGAGAACGGAUGGACCCCCUCAGAAGACUCUGCUAGAGAGUGGAUACAGGUGGACCUGGGAUUCCUCCGUUUUGUUUCAGCUGUGGGAACACAGGGAGCAAUCUCCAAGGAGACGAAGAAGGAGUACUUUGUCCACUCCUACAAAUUGGACGUGAGCUCCAAUGGAGAGGACUGGGUCACAAUAAAGGAGGGAUCCAAGCAGAUGAUUUUCCAGGGGAACCACAAUCCUACAGAGGAAAAAAGGUCGUUCCUACCCAAGCAGACUCUAGCCCGUUACGUCCGCAUCAGACCCAUGUCCUGGGAGAUAGGCAUCUGCAUGCGCUUCGAGGUGUACGGCUGCAAGACAUCAGACUACCCUUGCUCCGGCAUGCUGGGGAUGGUCUCCGGUCAAAUCUCGGACGCCCAGAUCAGCGCGUCAUCGCACGCAGAGCGCGGCUGGGUACCAGAGAACGCCAGGUUGCUGACAGGGAGGUCGGGCUGGACCCAGCAACAGACCAGACAGCCCUUCCGGAACGAGUGGCUGCAGAUGGACCUGGGCCAGGACAAGCUGGUCAGCGGCCUGCUCAUCCAAGGAGGACGCCACAGAGACAAGAAUGUGUUUAUGAAGAAGUUCAAGGUGGGCUACAGCAACAAUGGCUCUGACUUUACCAUGGUGAAGGAAGACAACAGCUCUAAGCCUAAGAUCUUCAUUGGGAACCAGAACCAUGACACCCCAGAGCUGCGUACGCUGGGCCCUCUGCUGACUCGCUUCCUCAGGGUCUACCCAGAGAGAGCCACCCCCGAUGGCCUGGGGCUCAGACUGGAGCUGCUGGGCUGUGAGAUCCAUGAGCCCACAACUCUCCCACUGACCACGGCUGUAGCAACCAAGUUUGCUGUAACCACGUUCGCUGCCACCACAACCGCAUCUGUGACCAUGCCCACCCUGACGUCAGAGUGUGACGACCAGGAGGCCAGCUGUCACAGUGGAACAGGAGGGGAGGACUAUGACACAACAGGUGGCACCACAUUGGCAGACCCAACCCUGGAGGAAGAACUUGUGCCAGAGUACCUGUGGUUUGCUUGUGACUUUGGCUGGGCGGGCAACCCGUCGUUCUGUGGCUGGACACUGGAGAAGGAUACUGGUGCCGAGUGGAUGAUUCAGACCAGUGGGGCCCCCACCGUCCACAAAGGGCCCAACCUGGACCACACAGGAGUUCCAGGGAACUUCAUCUACAUGCAGCUGGCUGCUGAGACCGAAAUGGAAGAGGAGGAGGAUGAGCAGGAGGAGGGGGAGACAGAGGUAGAGGAGGUGGAGGAGAGGAUGGAGGAGAGGGUGGCACGCCUAGCCAGCCUGCCUGUCACCGCCCCUGACACCAACCUGUGUGUGUCCUUCUGGUACCACAUUUUCGGGGAGCACGCUGGCACCCUGCACAUCAAACAGAGGAGACAGACAGAGGAGGGGCGGGCGGAGGCACUACUCUGGACCGUCAGUGGACACCAGGGCAGCAGAUGGAGGGAGGGACGACUGUUGGUGCCCCACUCCAGCAUACCCUAUGAGGUGGUGAUUGAGGGAGUGGGAGAUAGGAGCACAGGACACAUCGCGCUGGACAAUAUAAAGAUCCUGGAUGGACUCACACCAGAGGAGUGUAAGGAUCCAGAUAUACCAGAGGCUCCCACGUCCCAGCCAACAGAGAUCUGCAUAUACCCGAUGGACCCCUACUACCCAGAGGAAGUGGAGAAUAGCGAGCUGGGUGGCCCAGGCAACAUGCUGAAAACUCUGGACCCCAUUCUCAUCACCAUCAUCGCUAUGAGCGCUCUGGGGGUUUUCCUGGGAGCUAUCUGUGGUGUUGUCCUCUACUGUGCCUGCUCACACGGCCACAUGUCCGACAGCCGGAACUUGUCAGCUCUGGAGAACUAUAACUUUGAGCUGGUGGACGGAGUCAAGCUAAAGAAGGACAGCAAGCUGAAUGCACAGAACAGCUACUCAGAGGCGUGAGCGUUAUCCUCUGAGGGAAAAGAACACAAGCAGCCUCAUAGCUGGAGGAACUAGACCACUGGACGGAGGGUUGUGAGUUGUGACUCAAGUGUUAUCCUAUUCCUUAUAUAGUGCACUAUGGAGGGGAUAGGGUGGCAUUUGGGAUGCAGCUGGCUAUAGCGAUGGUGGGAGGUUGUGACUGAGCCAUGCUAUUCUCAGGAGCUGCAGUGAAAGGAACCUACCCGUAGUGGGCACUGUGUAUAAAUAAAACGUGUACAGCAAAAAUUAUUAUUUUGUUUAGUUUUUUGUUUGUUUGUUUUGCGACGUGCUUUGUUUUUCUGUAAUCAGAUGCUGGUGAUGAGACCAAUUGAGAUGGAAGUAUUUAUCAUGUUUUUGUUAUUUUUCUUCUGGAAGGAUAGGAUAUUUUAUUUUUCAUCAGAAGUCAUUAUUAUUUCACAGAAAGAGCAUAAAAACGUAUAUUCACUAACCUGACGCGUGGCUCUUCGGCUGGCCAUGUUAUCAGUUUGUAUGUCUGCAUCGAUUUGUGCAUCUUGUUUGUGUGUGUGCGUGCAUGUACGCAUGCAUGUGCGUGCGUGAGCAAGUGUAUGUGCGUGCAUGUGUGUAUGCAUCCAGAGGGUGCUUGCCCUGGCCCUAGACCUGUGUCUAGUUCCACAGUGCCUUUUUGAAAGUUUCUGUUGCCUUUUCUCCACUGAUUCUGUUCUGGUCCUACCAGUACGUUAGGUAUCGGCUGGUAGUCUGAUUCUGUUCUGAUCAUACCAGUACGUUAGGCAUCGGCUGGUAGUCUGAUUCUGUUCUGGUCCUACCAGUACGUUAGGUAUCGGCUGGUAGUCUGAUUCUGUUCUGGUCCUACCAGUACGUUAGGUAUCGGCUGGUAGUCUGAUUCUGUUCUGGUCAUACCAGUACGUUAGGCAUCGGCUGGUAGUCUGAUUCUGUUUUGGUCCUACCAGUACUUUAGGUAUCGGCUGGUAGUCUGAUUCUGUUCUGAUCAUGGCAGUACGUUAGGCAUCGGCUGGUAGUCUGAUUCUGUUCUGGUCAUACCAGUACGUAGGCAUCAGCUGGUAGUCUGAUUCUGUUCUGAUCAUACCAGUACGUUAGGCAUCGGCUGGUAGUCUGAUUCUGUUCUGGUCCUACCAGUACGUUAGGCAUCGGCUGGUAGUCUGAUUCUGUUCUGGUCCUACCAGUACGUUAGGCAUCGGCUGGUAGUCUGAUUCUGUUCUGGUCCUACCAGUACGUUAGGUAUCGGCUGGUAGUCUGAUUCUGUUCUGGUCAUACCAGUAAGUUAGGCAUCGGCUGGUAGUCUGAUUCUGUUCUGAUCAUACCAGUACGUAGGCAUCAGCUGGUAGUCUGAUUCUGUUUUGGUCCUACCAGUACGUUAGGUAUCGGCUGGUAGUCUGAUUCUGUUCUGGUCCUACCAGUACGUUAGGCAUCGGCUGGUAGUCUGAUUCUGUUUUGGUCAUACCAGUACGUUAGGCAUCGGCUGGUAGUCUGAUUCUGUUUUGGUCCUACCAGUACUUUAGGUAUCGGCUGGUAGUCUGAUUCUGUUCUGAUCAUGGCAGUACGUUAGGCAUCGGCUGGUAGUCUGAUUCUGUUCUGGUCAUACCAGUACGUAGGCAUCAGCUGGUAGUCUGAUUCUGUUCUGAUCAUACCAGUACGUUAGGCAUCGGCUGGUAGUCUGAUUCUGUUCUGGUCCUACCAGUACGUUAGGCAUCGGCUGGUAGUCUGAUUCUGUUCUGGUCCUACCAGUACGUUAGGUAUCGGCUGGUAGUCUGAUUCUGUUCUGGUCAUACCAGUACGUUAGGCAUCGGCUGGUAGUCUGAUUCUGUUCUGAUCAUACCAGUACGUAGGCAUCUGCUGGUAGUCUGAUUCUGUUUUGGUCCUACCAGUACGUUAGGUAUCGGCUGGUAGUCUGAUUCUGUUUUGGUCCUACCAGUACGUAGGCAUCGGCUGGUAGUCUGAUUCUGUUCAGGUCCUACCAGUACGUUAGGUAUCGGCUGGUAGUCUGAUUCUGUUUUGGUCCUACCAGUACGUUAGGCAUCGGCUGGUAGUCUGAUUCUGUUCAGGUCCUACCAGUACGUUAGGCAUCGGCUGGUAGUCUGAUUCUGUUUUGGUCCUACCAGUACGUUAGUUAUCGGCUGGUAGUCUGAUUCUGUUUUGGUCCUACCAGUACGUUAGUUAUCGGCUGGUAGUCUGAUUCUGUUCUGAUCAUACCAGUACGUUAGGCAUCGGCUGGUAGUCUGAUUCUGUUCUGGUCCUACCAGUACGUUAGGCAUCGGCUGGUAGUCUGAUUCUGUUCUGGUCCUACCAGUACGUUAGGCAUCGGCUGGUAGUCUGAUUCUGUUCUGGUCAUACCAGUACGUUAGGUAUCGGCUGGUAGUCUGAUUCUGUUCUGGUCCUACCAGUACGUAGGUAUCGGCUGGUAGUCUGAUUCUGUUCUGGUCCUACCAGUACGUUAGGCAUCGGCUGGUAGUCUGAUUCUGUUUUGGUCCUACCAGUACGUUAGGUAUCGGCUGGUAGUCUGAUUCUGUUCUGGUCCUACCAGUACGUUAGGUAUCGGCUGGUAGUCUGAUUCUGUUCUGGUCCUACCAGUACGUUAGGCAUCGGCUGGUAGUCUGAUUCUGUUCUGGUCCUACGAGUACGUUAGGCAUCGGCUGGUAGUCUGAUUCUGUUCUGGUCCUACCAGUACGUUAGGUAUCGGCUGGUAGUCUGAUUCUGUUCUGGUCAUACCAGUACGUUAGGUAUCGGCUGGUAGUCUGAUUCUGUUCUGGUCCUACCAGUACGUUAGGUAUCGGCUGGUAGUCUGAUUCUGUUUUGGUCCUACCAGUACGUAGGUAUCGGCUGGUAGUCUGAUUCUGUUCUGGUCCUACCAGUACGUUAGGUAUCGGCUGGUAGUCUGAUUCUGUUCUGGUCCUACCAGUACGUUAGGUAUCGGCUGGUAGUCUGAUUCUGUUCUGGUCAUGGCAGUACGUUAGGUAUCGGCUGGUAUUCUGAUUCUGUUUUGGUCCUACCAGUACGUUAGGCAUCGGCUGGUAGUCUGAUUCUGUUCUGAUCAUGGCAGUACGUUAGGCAUCAGCUGGUAGUCUGAUUCUGUUCUGGUCAUGGCAGUACGUUAGGUAUUGGCUGGUAGUCUGAUUCUGUGCUGAUUUGAUUUUAGUCUGAUUCUGUUCUGAUCAUAGCAGUACGUUAGGCAUCGACUGGUGGAGUCUGAUUCUGUUCUGAUCAUAGCAGUACGUUAGGCAUCGGCUGGUAGAGUCUGAUUCUGAUCAUAGCAGUACGUUAGGCAUCGACUGGUAGAGUCUGAUUCUGAUCAUAGCAGUACGUUAGGCAUCGACUGGUAGAGUCUGAUUCUGAUCAUAGCAGUAUGUUAGGCAUCGGCUUGUAGAGUCUGAUUCUGAUCAUAGCAGUACGUUAGGCAUCGGCUGGUAGAGUCUGAUUCUGAUCAUAGCAGUACGUUAGGCAUCGGCUGGUAGAGUCUGAUUCUGAUCAUAGCAGUACGUUAGGUUGGUAGAGUAGGGUCAGAUUGGCAGGAUUCCAUGCCAUCCCUCCAUAGCACAUGACACAUCCAACUUAUUGUACAUAGGUUUUAAUAUAUUUGAGCGCCUUUAUAAAAAGAGACAAAAUGCUGCAGUAUCCUUUCUUUGUGGUUUAUGUAUCAUAGGCAAUGUUAUCUGGCUGUCAUCAUGUAUUGUGUUGUUAUUAUGUUCCAUUGGUGCUCUCCCAAUGCUGCCUGGGAAAUGAGGGUUAUUAUAGCCAAUGGUUAUGGCCUUUUGAGAGAUGUUCAGAUUCAGCCAUGAUCAUCAGUACUGAGCCUUAUUAAUAGGGGCAACAAUUGGCGACAAAGGCCUAACAAGGAGAGAGUGAAGAAGCCAUCUGCUGUGUCUGAAAUGGAACCAUAUUCCCUAAAGAGUGCACUACUUUUGACCAGAGCCCUAUGGGCUAUAUAAAAGUCGUGUACUGUGGUGGUAUUUGGGAUGUAGACAGACAACAGACUGGGCGGCUGAAGCAUCUCUACGAAGAAAAUGCUAUCACAGUGCUAUGACAAUACCUGGGACAUUAUGGGCCAGUUUCUUAGACAUAGAUUCAGAAUCUCGUUGAGAAUGCUUUUAUGUCCUGGACUAGGCUUAAUCUAUGUCUGGGAAACCGGCCCUACAUGUCUGUGGUGGAAUGAUGGCCCUUGAUAGAAUGAAAGAGACUCUUAUGACGUCAUGCUGUUUUCAUGUACUGUAGCCUACAUCCUCUUUGCUCUCCUUUUUGUCUGUAUUGAAUGUUAAUGUGAAGAGUUCAGACAAAACAAAGUACUGUAUAAAAUGGCGAAGACAUAGAUCCAAGGUUUAAUCAAUGGAUGUGAUGUAGCCAUACUGUUUGUUCCUUCCGCCAGGGUCUAUGAGCUUCUAUGUUUAGAUUCUUUCAUGUUUUCUUAAUGCGGGGUAGCUAGUUAAACAGAUGUUUCAUAGUUCUGCUUCGAGCUCAUAACAGUAUUCCACAUUCCAUAGGAUUAGAAUGAUUGGAAUUAAAAUGAGUCAUUCUAUUUCUAUGGUUCCACCACUUGUAAAGGCAUAAUGUCUUGGUGUUGUCUUCGUCAAUAGGAAAGGAUUCUGCAGCACUAGAUGUGAAAACAAUGUUGCACUGAUAUAUUUAAAAGAUCUUUGUGUUGUUUAUGAUAUUGACUUGUGAAAAAAGAGAGAAAGCAAAAGAAGGAUAAGACAGUGUUACAGAUAACUCUUUUAUAUGCUUUCAGAUGAUAUAGUUCUGAAAUGUACAACUAUGGAGAUGUUUUUCAUUAUUGAAAAAGCUAUACAUGUCUCUUUACUUACGUAAUGUUUUACUUGGUAUGUUAUAUCACCUUGUGUUUUUUGUACUGUCACAAAUGUCUGUGCCAUUUUUUUUCUACAAAAUGUUUGAUUUUCAAUACUGCUUCUGUAAUUUGCCGUCCCAGAUAAAAAAAGAAAAAAGAAGUAAGCAGUUGAGGCCUUAAUGACUCAAGUAAUGUUUCUUUACUUGGACUCCAUCCCAAAUGUCCCAAUUCCCUAUAUAGUGCACCCAUAGGGCUCUGGUAAAAGUAGUGCACGAUGUAGGGAAUAGGUGCCAUUUGACUCCCUGGUCAGCUUCAAGACCCAUCUGUCUAUAUUAUUUCUGACUCUGAUCAAUGACUACUACAUUCCAAAGAAUUGGAUCAAAUAAAUGUUUGAAUAAGAUUAA